AUGUACUUCACCCAGCUCGCAGCAGCUUCCCUGGCCAUUGGCCUCACGACAGCCGCGCCGGCGCCAACAGCACAAUGGGGCGGGAACUGGGGCAACUGGGGCAAUUGGGGACAUCAUGGUAAACCACCUGGCAAGCCACCAGGUGGUGGUGCCCCAACACCAAAGAUCAAUGUGCAGCUUGGUCCUAGGCCUUACUAUCUGGUGGAUAACAUGGACGAGGGUCCUUUGAAGAAGAAGCUGGAGAGCUGUAAAGAGGAGCCGAAGAGCACGAGCAGCUUUUCGAUCUCGCAUCGUGGAGCGCCGUUGAUGUUUCCGGAGCAUUCGAAGCAGGGUUAUGAUGCUGCGGCGAGGAUGGGUGCUGGAAUCAUCGAGUGCGACGUCUCUUUUACCUCCGACCGCGAGUUGGUCUGCCGCCACUCCAACUGCGACCUCCACUACACCACCGACAUCCUCGCCCACCCAGACCUCGCAGCCAAAUGUACCGAGCCCUUCACACCCGCCAACCCUGAGAAUGGGACUGCUGCUAGCGCAAAGUGCUGCACAAGUGAUAUCACUCUUGCUGAGUUCAAGUCCCUCUGCGCAGAGAUGGAGGCUACGACGUUGAAUGCUUUGAGCAUCAACCAGUCCACGCCGUACUUUGGGAGAAUUGGCAUUACACCAGAUUGGAGGACGAACAUGUAUGCGUACUCGUGCGCGGAGCCCAUGUCCUUGAAGGAUCAGAUCCAGCUCGUUGAGGGAUAUGGAUUGAACUUCACUGCUGAGGCGAAGACCCCCGAAAUCCCCAUGCCCUUCCAAGGAGACUACACCCAAGAAGACUUUGCCCAACAAAUAGUCGACACUUUCAAAAACUACUCCAUCGCCGCCAACCGCGUCUGGCUGCAAUCGUUCCUCCCCGACGACAUCUUCUACUGGAUCGCCAACGACCCAGCCUUCGGCGAACAAGCCGUCUACCUCGACGAACGCGCCGACCUCUCCACCGACGGCUACCAAACCGCCGUCGACUCCCUCCCCGACCUCGCCGCGCGCGGCGUCAAGAUCAUCGCCCCAUCGAUCUGGCAGCUCAUCACGGCCGACAACGCCACGGGCCAGAUCGUGCCGAGCAGCUACGCCGUCGCGGCGCAGAAAGCCGGACUGGAGAUCAUCACGUGGAGUUUUGAGCGCUCUGGGCCGUUGGAGGUUGAGGGUGGAGGGUAUUAUUAUGAGAGUGUGGCGAAUCUCAUCAAUAAUGACGGGGAUGAGUAUACCGUUAUUGAUGUGAUUGCGCAGAAGGUGGGCGCGACGAAGAUUUUUGCGGAUUGGGUGGGGACGGUUACGUAUUAUGCGAAUUGUUUUGGGUUGGUUUGA